UUCACCAGCAGGACAGACUCUAGCCUGUCUGGACGCUCACCGAGUCUGUUGAAAGGCCUAUUUUCUGAAACCUUAUUAUGGAUCUGGUGCUUUGGACUUUGACUAUGAUGCUGGCUGUUGUGGUGGGCUUGUUUGUGCUGCUCGUUUCUGGAGUGAUUUACACUGUAUUCACUGAGACGGUAAUGCCGCCAGGUAUCCAGGGACCAGGUAAACUCCGGUUCAUCUACGGCAUGCAAGUGGCAUUAGGCACUUUGGGAAACAUCGCACAGAACCUGGGGCUGGGACCACAGGUCACUGUUGUUCGGUAUCUACAUGCCAAGUCCUUCAGGAGGAUGUCCAAGGAGGAGACUGGGCUGAUCAUCCGGGAUCUCCAAUUUGAUGGUGUCCCCGUCAGGGUUUACCAGCAGAGGUCAGCGUCGGCAGAGAAGAGGCGUGGGAUCUUGUACUUCCACGGUGGUGGAUGGGUGUUUGGCAGCUUGAAUGAAUAUGAUAAUUUGUGCCAGUACAUCGCCAAGGAAACGGAGUCGAUUGUGGUGUCUGUGGAGUACGGCCUUGCACCUGAGUACAGGUACCCCUCUCAGUUCGAGGACUGCCUAAACGCCACUCUGCAUUUCCUCAAGACCACAGAUGAUUACGGAGUUGACUGCAACAGAGUCGUUGCGUGUGGGGAUAGUGCUGGGGGUAACCUGGUUGCCGCCGUGUGUCUGAAAGUCACUUCCAUGAAGGACAGCCUGGAUGUUCCAACCCUCCGCGCUCAGGUCCUGAUCUACCCAGCCCUUCAAAUGGUCGACUUCAACCUGCCCUCCUACCGACAAAACCAGUUUGUGCCCAUCCUGUUUCGAACACGCAUGAUCUUCUUCUACCUGCAGUAUCUGAACGGAGACAUGUCCAUUGCAGAAGAUGUGCUGUCAGGUCACCAUCUACCUGUGGAAGUCAAAUCUAAAUACAGGAGGUGGUUAAACCCAGAUCUAAUCCCAGGCAACUUUCAGGUCGGAGAUCACAAGCCCAACCUUGCCUUCACCCAUUUCGAUGAGGUUUAUGAUCUUGUGAAGCCCAGCUUAGAGCCAACCUUUGCCCCUCUCCUUGCCAGUGAUGCUGCCAUUAGCAGGCUCCCACCAGCGUACAUUUUGACCUGUGAGUUUGACGUACUACGGGAUGACGGAUUGCUGUUCAAGAAGCGACUGGAAGACAAUGACGUUCCAGUGUCCUGGUACCAUGUUCAAGAUGGCUUCCACGGGAUAGUCAGCUUCUUUGAUAACGGUUACCUGACCUUCUCAUCCGGGAAACAGGCUGUUGAUAACAUUGUCUCCUUCCUUAGAGACAUGUAGGGCCGUUUUUCCAAGGAGUGGUGGUCAGAGUCAUCUUGUCACUCUGUUCCUCCUAUUUUCCAUUUGUACACAGCUUUGUGUUCCCGGCAGGAGAUUUUGAUUACUGCUCCUUCAGAAAUAGUGAGCAUUAGCACAAUCCCACAGCUCUCUUUCAGUUUAGGAUCAUAGCAAGAAUUUAAACCACGUCCGCCUUUUCAGGGUACUUGGUGCUUUACUCUGUGAUUUAUAUUUUAAGUGUGCAGCAGCAAGGACAGGCACUUCACCCAGCCCCAUUAAAGGGUAAGGGUACAAGAUAAGUGUGUGGGUUAGAGUGCCAAGUAGGUAGAGUGUCAGAUGAAUUGAAUGCCAGGGCACAAGCUGGCUAGCAGAAAUGGUAAAAAGUUAAGGUAAGUUGGUGUGAGUAGGAGUAUCAGGCCCAACAGUGAGAUAGCAAUGGGGGAAUGUCCAUACUGGGUGGGGAUUGUUGUUUUUGCUGGAGGAGGUAGGAGGCUAUCAGAUUCUGGGGAGAAUGGGAUUGACCAUUGGGCCCCAGGGUUUUGAACAGAUGGAGGAAAGUUGGGUUGUGUGGUGAGGGUGGAAGAUUGAGCCUUGGGGGUAGGGGUGCAGAGUGAUGGUAGCCAUGUCUGUUGGCAGGAAUAAAUGUGGGUGUCCUGGCUGGAGAGGGGGUGGUCCUUGGAAUUGAUAUGGGUUUCCUGUGCACCCAACACAACCCUCUAGUUUCUGUGUCUGUCCAUUAUCCCUACUCCUAACUCUCAAAUAAUAUGCAGUCCAAGAUUACUGUCAGUUUUGUGUGUAUUCACGUUAAUGUGCUUGAACGAUUUCUGGGAAUCUGUACCUUUAUUUGCAUGUGUAACUUCACCUAGCUUAAUGGUCACCACCUCAAAAGUUCAGUGAACACAGUUGUCUUUAACAAAGCCAUGCUGACCCUCCCUGAUCAGCUCAUAUU